AUGCCUCGCUUCCAGAGCCGACGAGAGCUCCUUGAGAUUGAGGUCAUGAACCGGCUUCUACGAGAGCCAUACUGGCAGCCCUUCAUGAGAGAGGAGGUAAACGCCGCCAACAAAUUCAGAGCUACGCGGGCCUACAAGGAACACCGAGAAGCAUACGACAAGAAGAACAGCACACCCGCUGCCUCUACGUCCAAGCCUGGUGAGACUACGCCAGCUCAGCAUGAAGCUGGUGACGGAAAGGAACUCCCCGCUGCGCUGAAGACACCGCCCGCUGCCUCCACGUCCAAGCCUGGUGAGACUCCGCCAGCUCAGCAUGAAGCUGGUGACGGAAAGGAUCUCCUAGCAUCCAAGACACCGCCCGCCUCUACGCCGAAGCCUGGUGAGACUCCGCCAACUGAGCAUAAAGCCGGCGACGGACAGGAACCCCCAGCAGAAUUCGAUGCAAGGAAGUCGCCGAUCACCACCACCGCGACCAUCACCACCGAAGCGCCCAUGUCAACUGCAGCCAACAUCUCACCCGCAGCGCCCAUACCAACGGCAGCUAAUAUCUCAACCGCAGCGCCUACUCUUACAGCAGCAUUGAAUGCCACAGCAGCAUUAACUGCCACCGCCAUCCCCAUCACAGCCGCCGUCCCCAUCACAACCGCGACGCCUAUCACAACCGUGACGCCCACUCCUACAGCACCCAUACCAACCGCAGCUAAUACCUCAACCGCAGCGCCUACUCUUACAGCAGCAUUGGAUGCCACAGCCAUCCCCAUCACAGCCGCCACCCCCAUCAUAACCGCGACGUCCAUCACAUCCGCGACGACUACUCCUACAGCAGCAUUUACUGCUACUGCCACCCCCAUUGGAACACCCGGCAUACAGGACGAGUGCUCUCCUCCGAACAACGACGACCACGAAGAAUAUGGCGUCGCCAUCCCGUUCAGUCAGAGUAGCGCGCAGCCCCCAGAGCCAGAGUCUCGGAAAAGGGUUAAGCUGACUGUCGACUUGUCGCAGCCACCAAGCCAGUCGGACAUUGAGGCAAUGCAGCUUACCAAGGCAAAAGAUUUGGACCACGCGUCCGAUUACAUCCUGAAGCUGACCCUCCGAAUGGACACGUGCCCACGGGCGGGGAUGCUACGUGACGUCGUCCACAUGGCGGUGCAGCAAUAUCAAGAGUCCGACGCUGCCAUACCGCUGCGUCUUCUUCCGCUCAGACCGUGGCCGAUCAGCCUCGCCUCCAUUAUCGAGGUGUGCCAACUUAAGAUGUGGCUGUCCGGCACGACUAUCGACUUCCUUGUCGAGAGAUGCGGCAGUUCACGGGGGUACUCACCGGAGGUCGUGUAUGUCGCUACAAGCCGUCCAGUAUACAUGGAAACCAUCGGCAAGUCAUCAUCUAACCCCAAGAUACGCCCCGACAUCGCGUCACUUGUUCCGCAAUCAGUCUUCAUCCUCCCUGAGCUCGACGCCGCAGCGUCCAUCGUCUUCACUUGGAAUCCAACGAACAGCCAUUGGGUAGUGGUGCAGGCCCUAUGCAUGGAAUUUGGGGCGGGGCUCAUGCGCGUGUACGACACAGGACGUAGAUACCGAUCUACGUCUAUGUUCGAGCAGGAGCUCCGGCAAUUUGUUGCGCUGCCCGCGAAGUCGGCCUCCAAUGCUUUGAGCGUUGGCAUGGCACUCCGAUGGGAGCUGUUCACCGAAGCACACAGCACUAUCAGCGGCCGUGAUCCCCCUUACUGCUCGAGCCAGGCUGCGCUCCAUGCGCACAUCGAGCAUCUAUCUGGCGACAUGCGCAACCCCACUGGCAUUAGCCCGACUAGCAACGACCACAACGAUGACAAGAGCAAGGACCCCGACGACAACGACUAUGACAGUGACAGCAGCGACGGCUACGCUGAGCGCAUAUCCCUGUCUCAGACUUAUGUCGACCCAUCAUGGCAAGAUGAGCACGAUCUUUUGCUCAAAUCGUUCUCGGAAUUGCUGACUAAACCUGAGGCCUUGAAAGCGCUGUUAGGGGGGAGAAAGAACGGCGUCUCCAUAUUUGCGCUUCACCGCCUGACCCGACACGCACGUACGAUAUGA